AUGAAUGCAACGACCCGAUUGACAGAGGAAAACAGACCCAUUGUGGUUGCUAUGGCAGAUUUUCGUGGUACAAACCCCAUCAUUGAUGGAGAUUUUCUGGAAAAGGAAGUGGCGUGCAUCCCGACACUCGAUGAACACGGAGAUAUCGACGUUACUAGUUCAAGGUACAAGAAAGCGGUGGAUACUACUACACGUGAUGCUCCAGCUAGAGAAGCUCUGUCUGCAAGAUCGACAAGAUCAAGAGAUUCGUGUAACUUGAUCUUGCCAACUCGUAAUCAAACGCUUGAGUUUCAAGAAGAGAUUGACGAGAGCGAGUGUGAAGACCAACACAAGGAGGAUGAGAGAAAAUCCCGACACCAAGACGUUCCCCACACUCUUCAGAACCAGAGUCGUGAUGGAUCUCGAAAGGUGAAUGCUUGGAUGUGCUGUGGUCAUUCAUACCCGAAUGCUUUCUUACGGUUGUGCACUGGCGUAGUUCUGGUGCCUCUCGUUGUUUGUGGCUUGAUUUUCUGGCCGGUUCUUGCAGCAUCGGUGCUGACGACGAUAUUAUUGUGUGUCUGCUGCUAUGAGCAUGAGUGGCUGUCCUUCCGCAUCCACUCGCAGUUGCUGGCCACUUAUCAGUGGUAUGAAGGAAAUGAAGGACCAGAAGAUGAUAUCGUGGCCAGCACUUGCAGUGACGCAUCUCUAGUGUACGGGUAUCAAGGUGGAACACAUUUCAAUAACGCGUCAGCCUUGACACAGUCUUCGACAUCGGUCUCUAGGGGAUUAACUGCACUCGGCCAUCCAAUAGUUGAAGCUGAGGCGGCGAUACGUCCUAAAGUACCGUCGGGUAUGUACUUGCUGGAGUUAGAAACUCCAAGUGGUGUGCUUGGUAUGGCGAACUAUCUGUUUCACGGAAAUCUGUGGUUGACGCGCAUAGUAGUUGCUGCCAUGUCUACUGUAUGCUGGUCGAUUGCAGCUACAAAGGUUUUUCCGUUGAUCCCAUUCCCCGUUGCCAGUACACCUAGCGAUAUCUCCUCAGCUCCCUAUUACUUCUGGUUGGUCAACUUUGUGGCAUCGUUGUGUGCCGUAAGCUGCCCCACUUGGCCUCGCGCGAUUUCGUUGGUAGUGCAGAAGACUGCUUUCGAAGUGAUGUUGUUGAAUGCGUUAAAUUGUCCGCUGACAGCUUCCGUGAACUGCAGCGCAGCUCCAAUUACAUCGCUGCAGUGCUUUGCAUUGGGUGCCAUGGCAUUGAUCAUGGUUCACUCACUCUCCGCUCGCGGACCUGCCAACCUCGUAGUUGGAGUGAUACUUGACUUGUUGGGAUACGCUUACAUUGCUGGAACACUAGGACUGUUGAUUACGAUGGUGAAUGCAAGCGACCGUAAGUCGACGUGGGCUACAAUUUGGAUUGGAAUGCUGAUUGCCAUGUGGGUAGCGCAGUUUGCUGGCUAUGGCUGCACCGUUAUAAUGUCCCAUUUUCAGCUUUCUCACAUGCGAUUGCUGCCUCCACAUAUCGUCAUAGCAUUGGACGUGGAAGCGUCUGUAUGUGCAAUUGCGGCUAGUAGCAUCGUACUUAUUUUUGGUGGAGCUGUAUUGAAUGUGCCCGGUGGUGUGCUUCCCAAGGUGUUAUUCUCAACUGGCAUUGUGCUGAUGGCACGCAUUGGAUGGCUGGUUAUUUCGCUGUUAAAGGAAGCAGCGGGUGUACGUUGGAGUGGCCGUAUCAUGCCAGGCUUUGGUGGAGCUUUGGAUGGAGCACAUGUCUUGCUUUUUACGUCAAUCGUGUUCGUCAAGUAUUAUAUGUUCAUCAUUGUACAACAGACUAGCGAGAUGGACAACCAAAGCGGCAAUGGUGACUCCGCACCAUGGACUGGUGUCACGUUUAGUACCGACUUGAGUAGGUAA